AUUAUCUAAAAGUAGGCGGUGCCAAGCCCUUUUGAUUGUUUUCAAAAAGUUUUGACUUAACAUUAUCAUGAAGAUUUAUUUCAUAACAAUUAUCAAACGUACAUAUUUUCAACAUAGAUUCAUUUAGGCAAUUAAAUCGUAUUUACAUACACAUUUAUAAUAUAUAAUUAUAUUAAUUAUAUAACUUUAUAAGCUACUUUAUAAUGGAUUUCGGCUUAUUUGAACCCUGCAGACUAGACGAUAUUACUGAACCGCGUCCAGAGGAUGCAUGGGAGUACAAACCUUGCCAGAAAAAAUUCGUUAUGCGACCGGAAGAUGAAAUAAGUGUAGACAGCAUCAUUUCUGCGUUGCUCUCAAAAAUCGAAUCAACUGAAGAGCAGUUCAAAGAAUGUCAAUGGGGCGUUGCCGCUAAAGAAAUGCAUAAUGAAAAGCAGUCUUUACUCUUCGAAGAAAAACUCUAUAUAUCACAGGUUAAAGCAGGACCUUGCAAACUAAAUGAGGAAAACAAAAUCUUUUUAGAAAGUGAACUCAAUGAAGUUGGAUACAUGAAACUUAGCAUAGAGGAAAGCUAUGAUGGUUAUGUUGUAUUCAGUCGGAGUCAAAUGGCGAAGGGCAGAAGCAGGAGCAUGUGUGGGCAUUGCUUGCGAGGAAAAUAUAAUGACAAAUUGUUGCUAAUCGUGGAAAAACGAAGUGAAUUCGAUUACAUAGACAAAGCCAGAAUUGAGAAAAAUAUGGAAGCCCGAAUCAAAGAAAACACGUUGUUACUUAUUCGAGAAACGAAAAUUAGUACAGAUUCUCAAAAAUUCAAAGCUGAAAUUAAUGUCAAAGACAGGGAGCCAGUAUUUAUCAUGGACGGUGGUGUACAACUGCUAAUGCGAUAUUUGAUAAUCAAUAAUUUUGUUGGGAACUUUGAAUACUAUACUUUAAAUCUAUACGGAAAAGUGUUGCGUGGUAUGAUCACUGUAGAAAAAGAACGCAAAAUGCGCAUAUUCUAUCGCAACUUCAAUAACGUUAUAGUUGUUAAGAAUGUUAAAUAUUUUAAUGAAGUGGCUAAGAAACACGAAACGUACUUUGCAUCCAAUGGAAAAAUAGUUUUGCAUUUUUGGCCCAGAUAAUAUUAUUUAUUACAUGCGAUACGUUCACCUCCGAAACCUAUUGAACAUUUACCGAAACUGGAAUUAAUGUGGAAAUCUGAUAAUUUGCUAUUUAAGCAUUAUCAAAGAAGAAAACUCACGUUAGAGAAUGUCCAGUGCUAUUUACACAACCACCCCGAAAUCGUGGAUUUAUUUUACGAUUACAUACACAGCUUGCUACAAAAGAAACCAGAAGUGGUGUUCCCAUUUUCAAUAAUUUUCCAAAAUAUAAAGAAUACUUACUAAGAUUUAUCUUCAGAUUAGUGCCAUACAUAUCUUGGACCGCAGUUUAAAUAAAAUUGUUUUUGAAUAAAUGAGGAAAUUUAGUUUUUGCUCAUAGUUUUUCUAACUUUUGACCUUAAAAUUUACGUGAUUUGUAUAACGAAUUAUAUUAGAAAUAAAUAUUAAACCGAAAAUAUAA